CUCGUCCGUUGUAUUUUUCCCCAAUUAUUGGUGUCUACUGUCUGCACUCUAGUCCAAGUCGAAUUUCCAUUUCAAGUCGUUAGCUUGGAAACUACGUCGUUCCGUCCGCGCCCAUGAAACUCCAAGUGCCCGGCGACAAUUCAGCUUCAAUCUCGGACCAAUGAGUGGAAUCUUCUAUGAAUAUUCUUAGAAGCUUGGGUGGGAUGAGAGGACUAAAUUCGAUCUCCUUGGCAAUUCUAUUUCUUCUUACGGCCCUUCAAGAGGCGUGGUCACAUGGAGACCAGCCUCUGUCAAAAAUUGCUAUUCACAAGGCAUCAUUUGCUCUUCAGGAUCAUGCUUAUGUUAAAGCUUCACCUACGGUCCUUGGAUUCAAGGGGCAAAAUACAGAAUGGGUGUCAAUAGAGUUCAGUUCUCCAAACCCAUCAAAUGAUGAUUGGAUAGGAGUAUUUUCACCCGCCAAUUUCAGUGCUUCCACCUGCCCCGAAGAAAACCCAAGAGUUUAUCCUCCACUACUUUGUUCUGCACCUAUUAAGUUUCAGUAUGCGAACUACUCCAGUCCAGAGUACAAAAAAACUGGAAAAGGGUAUUUGAAGCUUCAGCUGAUUAACCAGAGAUCCAACUUCUCUUUUGCUCUCUUUUCUGCUGGCUUAUCAAAUCCUAAGCUGGUGGCAGUGUCUAAUCAAGUAGCUUUUGCGAAUCCAAAUGCUCCGGUUUACCCACGCUUGGCACAAGGAAAAGAAUGGAAUGAAAUGACUGUGACCUGGACAAGUGGAUAUGGGAUCGAUGAAGCAGAACCUUUCGUUGAGUGGGGUCCAAAAGGAGGUGACCGUGUUCUUUCUGCAGCUGCUGGGACACUGACUUUUGAUCGUAACAGCAUGUGUGGUGCACCGGCUAGGACUGUGGGAUGGCGUGAUCCUGGAUUUAUACAUACCAGUUUUUUGAAGGAAUUGUGGCCCAAUAAAAAGUAUAUUUACAAGCUGGGGCAUAGAUUAUUCAAUGGUACAUAUAUUUGGAGUGAACAAUAUCAGUUUAGGGCAUCUCCUUAUCCUGGUCAAAAUUCUCUACAACGUGUAGUCAUUUUUGGUGACAUGGGGAAGGAUGAAGCUGAUGGUUCCAACGAAUAUAACAAUUUCCAGCGCGGCUCCCUGAACACCACUCGAGAGCUUAUUCGAGAUUUAAAGAAUAUUGAUAUAAUUUUCCACAUUGGAGAUAUAUGUUAUGCAAAUGGAUACAUUUCACAGUGGGACCAAUUUACAGCACAGGUUGAGCCAAUUACGUCAACUGUGCCUUACAUGAUUGCAAGUGGUAACCAUGAGCGUGACUGGCCAGGGACUGGAUCCUUCUAUGGGAACAUGGACUCUGGGGGAGAAUGUGGUGUGUUGGCUGAGACUAUGUUUUAUGUCCCUGCGGAGAACAGGGCUAAAUUCUGGUACUCAACUGAUUAUGGCAUGUUCCGCUUCUGUGUAGCUGACACUGAACAUGACUGGAGGGAAGGCACAGAGCAAUACAAGUUCAUUGAGCACUGCUUGGCAUCAGUCGACAGGCAAAAGCAACCGUGGCUAAUUUUUCUUGCACAUCGAGUACUUGGUUAUUCAUCUUGUACCAGUUAUGCAGAAGAAGGAUCAUUUGAGGAACCAAUGGGGAGGGAGAGCCUUCAGAAACUCUGGCAGAAAUACAAGGUGGACAUUGCUGUGUAUGGCCAUGUACACAGUUAUGAAAGGACAUGCCCCAUAUACCAGAAUAUUUGCACCAACAAAGAGAAACACUACUAUAAGGGCACUUUGAAUGGAACAAUACAUGUGGUUGCUGGUGGUGGCGGCGCAAGCCUUUCUCCAUUUACCACUCUCCAAACCCAGUGGAGUUUCUUUAGAGACUAUGACUACGGGUUCAUAAAACUCACAGCAUUUGACCAUUCCAACCUCUUGUUUGAGUACAAGAAGAGCAGGGAUGGAAAGGUUUACGAUUCUUUCAGAAUAUCACGGGAUUACAGGGACAUCUUGGCCUGCACCGUCGAUAGUUGCCCUAGCAUGACCCUGGCAUCUUGAAUGAUGAUGAUUCUUGUACUGCCUUCACAUCUAUUAUCAUGUUUUGCCACACUCAAAUUGUGAAUAAAUAAUCUCUUCUCAACUUCAUUACCUGAA